CCACAGCCACAAAGUCCAUAUUGGCUAUAUAGUAGACAUUCAUGAAAACCAAAAAAUGCUUUUUAAAAUCACGUUUUAAGGAGAUACAUUUAAGAAAUAGGCGGGGUUUAUGACUUUGUGGCUGUAGUAACUAGUGACGACCGUUAUCCCUCUCGCUUCGCUCUUCCUCUCUGGUCCAAUGAAUUUCAACGUUCUACACGGAGAAUCAUAAGAUGGCGACCGCGGAACCGGAAAUUAAUUUAAAUCCACCCCAACAUGCUGAAGAAGGAGCAGAAGCAGAGACUGGUCAGGAGAUAGUGAGCCCGGAGAGCUACAUCAAACACCCCCUACAGAACAAAUGGUCUCUCUGGUUCUUCAAAAAUGAUAAGACCAAAACAUGGCAGGCAAACCUCCGCCUCAUCUCCAAGUUUGACACGGUUGAAGAUUUCUGGGCUCUGUAUAAUCAUAUUCAAUUGUCAAGCAAUCUGAUAUCUGGAUGCGACUACUCCCUCUUUAAGGAUGGCAUUGAGCCCAUGUGGGAGGAUGAGCGGAACAAGCGAGGAGGGCGUUGGCUGAUCACGCUCAGCAAGCAGCAGAGGAGACAAGACCUGGACCGCUUCUGGCUAGAAACACUUCUCUGCCUUGUUGGGGAGGCUUUCGACGACUAUAGUGACGAAGUGUGCGGCGCAGUAGUCAAUAUUCGCACGAAAGGAGACAAAAUCGCCAUCUGGACGGCAGACUUUGACAACAGGGAAGCCAUAACUCACAUAGGGAGAGUGUAUAAGGAGCGCUUGGGAAUUCCAAUGAAGAUGACCAUUGGCUACCAGUCCCACUCUGACACCGCCACCAAGAGCGGCUCCACCACCAAAAACAAGUUUGUUGUCUGAAAAUGCACCAUGUGCCUUGUUUUUUUGUUUUUGUCUACUUUUCAUUGUGGGUGUGUUUGGUUUCCUUAACUGCAAUGACUGCGUGACAAAAUCUCAUGACUAUAUACCAAAGCUUCGACAGAAACAGUCCUAGACCUGAGAACACAGGAAACCCUUUAUUAACAGGACACACUACUUUCUCUGGAACCCCCCACCACCCACCCACACACAUCUGCCAAUGCUAUUAAUCCACGUGUCAUAGCCACACAGGUGAACAUGCAAACCUCAAAACGCGAAUGAAGACUGUUCAUAGUAGGAAAUGUAAGAUGUUCUGAGUGCUCUUAUAAAGACAAUUAUUUUGUUGAUUUAUUUAAUGCCAGGGAAUUCAUUUGAAAUGCAAAAAUAAAACAUUUCUCUGUGCCCUUAUAUACAGCAUUGUAAUUGCUGUAAUCCUUAAUGAUGUUACACCUUUUUAAUUUAUUAUACCAAUUUGCUUUUUAGCAUUUUAUUUUACUUGUUCUGUGCUAUGGCCUUAAAGGAUACGUUUUCUUUUUACAACCAAACAUGUUAUAGAAGAUCCUUUUUUGUGAUUUCACUUGUUUUUGAGAAACUUACCCCAAACAGCAAAUCACUUCCUCAUAGUCGUUGUGUAGUAUAGGGCCUCUUCUAUAACAUAUAAUUUACAUCAAAAAUAGGUUUGGUUGUAGAAAAAAAUUACUUCUCCUUUAAUCCUCAAGUGCAUGUAAUCAAGCCUUUCAGAUCAUUUCAUGACUCAAUUAGUCUUUAUGUUAACAUGAUUACAACUUUGGUUUUGCAAUUCAGUAGAAACUGUUUUUAUAUUCUGGAAUACUUUUUGCAACAUGUAAUUUGUACAUUCCUUGUUAUAAAUGGUUUGAUAUUUGACUUACAGUGAUGCUGUAUUGCAAUGUAUACAUUUAUUAGUGAUUGGUUUUGAACUUCUGCCUGCAAUGGAAACACAGCACUAAUGAGUCUUUAAAUAAAGUUUUUCUGUGACUUCA